AAAAAAAUUUCUUCUUUAUACGAAUUUCUGAAAUUAUAAUUAAUACAUUUACCAAAUUUUUAAAUUAGAUGCUUGAAAUACAUCAACAACUCCCUGUUGCUUCGGGACCUAUGAAAUUAUCGGACACUAUUUCACAAAAUUUACCACAGAAUUGUGUAAAUAGUGGCGAAGUUUUUGAGGAUGUCAGCGACGAUGAUUUGUUUAGAUCACUCGAUUUAAAUCUCGAAACUUUGAAGCAAACUUCACAAGGAACUUCAAAACCAGCUUCGAAACAAUUUUUGAAUCCGGAAAACGAAUCCUCGGAUGAUGAAAAUCCUCCACCGAACGAUGGAAAGAAAAAACACGAUGCAAAGAAAAGUGUUUACGUCUUCCCCGAAGAGAUAAAGGGCAAGACAGAGGAAUUGAUUGCAACAAGUGGCGUCUUUAUUGAAUCAUCGACCUUGAAAAACAUAAAAAGAACGUCUUCCGUGCAAACGACUAUGGCACGAGCAUUGUUAUGUGGAAUUUUUACUGAAGAAACAUUGCUUACUCAUAGUUUAAAGGGAAUAGGGACAACGAAACCUGGUCUUCCAAAAGCCGCAAUUGAGGCGAUAUUGAGUAAAAAUUUAUUUUUUAACCUCUUGACAGUGCAAAGAAGCCAAAGUUUUCGUGCCACACAAGUGUUAGGAAAAAAUUAA